AUGGCGGCAUUCGUACCUAAGCGGCUCGCCUCGAGCUUCAUGCGCACUCGCAUCACCCCUGUUGCGCCCCGGGGGAUGGUCCGUUUCUACUCCUCCGACCCGCCAGCACCUCCGUUGCUCCAGAAGUUGAAGGGCGACCUCAAGACAGCAAUGCGAGCGAAAGACACUGCGCGCUUGGCCGUCCUCCGCUCUAUUCUGUCAGCGACCCUCAACGCCUCCAAGACAGACAAGCCCAUCACCACCGACGCACAACUCGUAGCCCUCCUGCGAAAGACAACGCGAGCCUCCGAAGACGCGUCGGCCGAGUUCAAGGACGCAGGCCGCGAGGAUCUCGUAGCCAAAGAGCAGGAGCAGAUCUCGAUACUGAAGGGGUACGUCUCGGAGAGCGGCGUCGAGGUGGUCGGCGAGGAUGAGCUGCGAACCGUUGUCGCGGGCGUUGUCACGGCAAUGACGAGCGAGGGUGAGGUUCAAGGGAAAGCCAAAUUGGGAGAUGUCAUGAAGAAACUUCUCUCGCCGGGUGGACCUUUGGAAGGCAAGAGCAUCGAGAAGGCCCAGUUAGCAAAGGUGGUAAAGGAGGUCGUCGGCUAG